AUGAAGAGAUCAACUCUACGAUCAUCUCGACUACUCUACAAACAACUACUCACAUCUACGCCCAUCAACCAACGACGCAACAUGCGCAUCAACUACGCCCCCUCGACACCCCCAACCACAAACCCCGACGGGACCCCUCUCCCUGAGGCAGAACAAAAAGCCACCGCAGAAGUCUACGAGCGCGUGGCCGCCAGACGCAAGCCUCGUCCCUUGAUCCCGCUUGAUUUGGCCCUCCUCCAUAGUCCGCCAAUCGCGAAUGGCUACAAUUCCUUGUUGGGCGCUAUUCGCACUCAGGCUGUGAUGCCGCAGGAUAUUCUUGAAUUGUCGGUUUGUCGUGUAGCGAUUCUCAAUGGCGCGGUGUACGAAUGGAAUGCACAUGCGCCCCUCGCGUUGAAGGCCGGUGUUACCGCGGCCCAGUUGCAAGAAGUCAAGGGCCUACCCAUCUCAACAUUCACGCCGGAAGGGAAAAUAACCAAUAACGUGGCGAAGCCGGUGGGAAGUAGUCUGACGGACUUUCAGUGGGAGGUGGUGAUCUUCACGGAUGCCAUGACGAAGAACAUCAAGGUCGACGACGCGAUAUUUGCGGCGAUCAAAAGCCGAUUCAGCGAAAGGGAGGUGGUGGAGUUGACGGUUUGCAUCGGGGCGUAUAAUAUGGUCAGUCGGUUUUUGGUAACGUUGGACGUGGGCGAGAAUAACGACAAGAGCAUGAAGGAUCCGGUUCAUAUCGAGUCGGAGUUGAAUAAAAAGUAG